AUCAAAACAUGGCGACACAUCCUUCGACAUUUUACGCGCUAAGUGACGUUAAGCUACCUGAGAGAGUUGUCCUCUGGGACGAGACUGAGGUGGCUAAAAAGCAGAUAGAACAAGUCGGUGCAUCUGCUUGUGGAGCUACAGCAGUUUUAAAUGUUCUGAAAUUGCUUGGAAGAUCUGCAUCAGUGGAUGAGGCAAAUAAUGCAGUAAAAACCAAGCUAAGAGAUCUUGAAGCUCCUUUACCACAAUAUCUUUCAUCUCGUAGUGUUGCGGGAACAACACAUAUAGAUCUCAUCGAGGGCCUAGGAAAACUAACCUGUGGAGAAAUUGUUGGGCAGUUCUUUCACACGUACCCUGAACGUGACUUUGACUUAGAAAAUUGGCUGAAAUAUUGGCUCGUACAUGGUGCCAUACCUGUAGCAACCUUAAAUUGUCAAAAGGUUCCUUUGACUGAUGGAACAAUACCAGAUGCUUGGCAUCAUCAAGUUAUUUGUGGUGUGAGCAGCAAUGGGGUUCAUCUUACUAAUCCAGAGGCAGUGUGCCCCUUUAAUGAAAUAUCUAAACAGCUUUGCAGUGAAUCCGUUCUUCUCAUUCGCCGGCAUGACAUCAUACGGCGAUGGAGUAACAAUAUUGACUAUUCUUCUUGGAACUCUGAUGGAAUAAAUCAAAGGUGGAUUGAAUUGAAAGUCCAAGAGCAGAUUAAUCGCAUGGUAAAAGAAGAAACACUUCUUCUACUUCAUGGAAGUGAAAUUAAACACAGAGAGCUGUUAACAACACACAUCACUAUUCCUGCUGCAUACAAAUCAGGGAUUACUCUGUUUGCUCUAAGGGAUUCUAGGACACAUGGACUUUUAGAAAACAGCACUGAACUUCCUAUUAAGCUUAUCAAUCAGAGAAAAGAUAUUGAAGAACAAUACUCUGGAGGGCAGAUAAAUCUGAGCAUCAAUGUAUAAUGUAAGAUGGAAACUAAAUAUUAGGAAAAAAGACAAACACCAAUGUGGGGUGUGACUGUAGACUGUUGCUAGAGUGUUAACAAGAAAAAAUAUAUAAACAAAGACAUUAAUGAUAAUAAAAUAAUGACAGAAGUUGUGGACCAUAGCACAAUUUGAAGCUGUUGAUAAAUGCUGGUAGUUUUUGUCAAUGUACUCAUUUAUUAUCAUUAUUAUUCAGUAAAGGUAAUAUUUAUUACCAAAGCUGUUGAUGCAGAAGUUAAAAUUUUUAAAUAACAUGCUCUGCUGAAGUACAAAUUAGAAAUUAAUUUAAAUAUUGGUGAUUUGAUAAAGGCAUUUAAAGUUUGUGAUUUAAAAUGUUGAUUUUAAGAUAGCAAACUGCUGCUUAAAUUAAUCAAGUAGCAUUAAAAUUAAUUAACGUUGUAUUAUAAUUUACUACCUCUUUCCGGCGUACUAACUUUGGAAUGUGGGAUGCACAUCUUUGCUGCAAUAAUUUCUUUUUUUUCACAAUUUCCUGGGGGAGUAUGCCCCACAAUGGCACCUUCAAUUACUCAUGUUAUGUUGCUGGCAAAUAAACUUGGAUAUUUACAAAUGUAUAUAUACAUUUUGUGUUGAAGGUCAUGCUAGAAAAAAAUAUAUGUCAACAUACAGAGAGAUUGAAAUAAAGAUAGUUGCUUUAGA